AUGGCUGCUUCAGAGAAGACAGAGCUGAAGGCUCAAUGGAAGGCCGAUGUGGUCUUGCCUGAGUAUUCCAUGCAGGAUAUUGCGGCGCAUAAUACCAAGACUGAUACUUGGAUUGUCAUUCAUGGACAAGUCUUCGAUAUCACCGAGUAUCUACAAGACCAUCCUGGUGGCGCAGAAGUGCUCGUUGAGGUAGCUGGUCAGGAUGCCACCGCAGCCUACGAAGAUGUCGGCCACUCUGAAGAUGCUCGCGAGAUUAUGCAGCCCUAUCUUAUUGGCACCCUCAAGGAUGCGCAACAAUACAUGCGACCAAAAGCGGUACGCGUCAUCUCACAAAACACACCGGAAAUCCCAAAGGCCUCAUCAAUAGGUACUGUGGCGGUGGUGGCCGGCACUCUGGGCACCAUCAUCCCAGCCCUCUAUAUCUGCGGCUCCAGCACAUACUUCAACAAUGGCCUGGCCUCCAUCUCCCGUCUUCUUCCUCGUCAGCUCGAAAUCAUUCAUUUCCCUCGAGGCGGAUUCGUGAAUGGCUUCCUCGCCGCCAGUCUGAUCGCCGGCGCCAUCGGUUUCUACGCAGCCAAGCAAGCCAGUCGCUUCACAAAGAUCGACUCCGGUUUCAUGCGUUAUCCCCCACGCCUCAAGGCCAAGAAGGUCGUCCGCGCUGACCCUCACCUCACACGCGGGUUCCUCGAGCCACAGACCUACCAAGACCUACCACUCGUCGCCAAGCACCAACUCUCCCCCAACGUCUAUCGCUUCGUCUUCGGUCUCCCCGAUCCCAACACGGUCCUCGGUCUACCCAUCGGCCAACACGUCGCCAUCAAGGCUGUUGUCGAUGGCAUCACGGUCACCCGCUCCUACACACCUACCUCCAACAACCUAGACCGCGGCCGUGUCGAGCUAGUGGUGAAAUGCUACCCGGAUGGCCUAAUGAGCCGAUACCUCUCCAACCUGGAAAUCGGCGAACAAGUACCCUUCCGCGGACCAAAGGGCGCAAUGAAGUACACCAAGGACAUCGCGCGGCAUAUCGGUAUGGUCGCCGGCGGCACUGGCAUUACACCCAUGUAUCAAUUGAUCCGGGCAAUCUGCGAGAACGAUACCAAUACCACGCAAAUCAGCCUUGUCUACGCGAACCGCAGCGAGGCGGACAUCUUGCUGCGUGAAGAACUCGAUUCCUUUGCUCGGAGGUAUCCUGCUAACUUCAAAGUGUGGUAUAUGUUGGAUACCGCACCAGAAGGUUGGGCGUAUGGUAGAGGCUUCGUGGAUGUGGAAGUGCUACGUGAGCAUAUGCCUUCUCCGGGUCCUGAGACGAAGGUCCUACUGUGUGGACCGCCUGGUAUGAUUGGUGCUACGAAGAAGAAUCUUGCUACGCUGGGAUUUAAGACACCUGGUUCGGUGUCGAGGAUGAGCGAUCACGUGUUUUGCUUCUAG